UGUAACUCUAAAAUAGCCAUUGCGAGGAUCAAGUACUUGGGAUUUGCCAUCAGGAUAAUCCCAUACACGGGAUCUAACGUGGGCUGCUCAGUUCUGCUGAAUGUUUUUAAAAAUCGAUUGACUAGAUCGUAUCACGUGACAAUAGGGUCAUUAAAGUUGUCUACAGUUGACAAACCGAAGAACCAUGUGGACACAGAAAAAACUAUUGUCAGUGUUGUGCUGUCUGGUGAUAGUCACAUUCGUAGCGUGUGUGACCAAUUAUAGUCACAUUUUUGGAUACCUAGCGGGAUUAACAAAAGUUCUUGAAGGAAGUGAUCGUAUAUCGAAAAAUGAUAGCAUAAUCAAAGUGAGUUUAUUGUCCUCAAACGAUAAUCUCGUAUCCCGACUUGAAGAGCUUAUCUCCAACACAGUGGUGAAAAAAUCAGAAGCAUUCACGAACCCCUGCGACAAAACAUCUGCAGCUUGUACAAGUUCGUGUCCAAAACCACUGAGCUCAAACCCUAAACAACGUCUGCUGGAUAUCCUAUCGUCUGCCAACUUAACCCUCUCAAGCCGAGAGUUAGAGGAUAUUUUGUCAAUGGCAGAAUCGAUACCGGAGAGUGACGUCAUCAUUCUAUCAGCUAGCUCUUCCAAUCAUUACAACGAAAUGCAGGCCAUGUUUCAAAACCUCCACAGUGUCGUGUUCCCAUUGGUUGAAAAUCUCACGGUUGUUUUGUUUGAUAUUGGCUUGACGCGGGAACAGAGAAUUAAAACAGAAAAAAAUUGCCGGUGUAAAGUUGUAAAGUUUCCUAGUGAAAAAUUUCCCAGACAUAUGAAAAACAACCAUUGUUAUUCAUGGAAACCAGUUAUAAUACGGGCUACAAUAGAAAAAUCGAGGAAGCUGCUGCUCUACCAAGAUGCUUCAGUUAGAUGGACGAAAGGAAUCGUGGAUGGAAUGUUCAGGGCAACAACAACGGGGAUGCAAAUCUUUCGCUACUUCGGUAGCUCGAGAAUUCCUAUACAUACUCUAAAGCAGACAUUUGAUUACUUUGGGGAAGAACCGUGUGCCUUCGACCCAUUUCCUGAAGUAGCCGCUACUUUAUCAAUGUUUCGGAAUGACGUCUUCAACAGACGAGCCAUUCUAGAGCCGUGGGCCAAGUGUGCUCUGACGUCUGAAUGUAUGUGUCCAGUUGAGCCACAGUCUGUGUUGAGCUGUGGUAAACCUGUGGCAAACCACAGGUGUCACAGGUUCGACCAGUCAGCGCUAGGGAUGAUAACUGCAAAGAUUUUCAGCAACGAUAUUCACCGCGUUAUCGCCCCUGAUCUUGAUCAAAACGUACAGAUAAAACGGGAAGACGUCGCGCCAAAUUAUUUUAAUAAAUAACUUAUUUUAAUGUAAAUUUGACGCAGUUGAACAUUAUAGCUAUGUUGAUGGGUCAUUCAUUUAUAAUAUCCCCAAACAUUUACAUUUCCUACCU